AUGCUUGCUCGCCUCGUGGGCUUCGGCCUGUUGGCCUCGAAUCUCGCCGCCAGCUCGUCCUGUCCUCAGCAGCCCUUCCAGCUGCCAAUCAAAGAUGUCCAGGUCUACCCCAACGUUGCCAACUCCUUCAUGACGGGCAUUCCCGCCAAGAUUGGCACCCCGUCUCAGGACAUUGUCUUGCUUCCCUGGACAGAACUCAACAACACCUGGAUCUACGACCAGCAGGUCUCGUGCGUCAAAACCGUCGUCCGGAGCGAUUUCCUGUGCGACAUCCGACGCGGUCGUCCCUUUGACGAGGACAAGUCCACCACCUUCCAAAAGGCCACCGACAUUGUGGCAGCUGGCGGCGCCACGGUCGAGGCCAGCUACCAGGGCUCGGAAAGGGGCAUCCCCAAGCUCAUCGCCUCCGGCCUCGGCGGCACCGAGUCCUUUGCUCCGGGGGGGAAGGACGGUCUCAACGACUUCCCCAUCGGCAUCCCCCGCCUUCAGUGGGAUCACGGAUACACCACCCUCCACCCGCUCGGCCUCGGCUCCAACUCAACCUACCUCAACGCCCUCCGCCAGGCCGGCAGGAUUGGGUCGCGCGUCUUUUCCAUCUUCUGGGGCCGCGUGUGGGACGAUUACCCCGUCGACGGCGCCCUCGUCGUCGGCGGCUAUGAUAAGGAGAAGACCAUCGGGCCCAACUUUACCGCCCCCCUCGAUUAUGGCGAUUUUGGCGACCCCUCGGGCUGCUGGACGGGCAUGAAGGUUCACAUCACCGAUAUCCAGCUCAACAACCUCGAUGGCUCAGACGUCAGCCUUCUUCCGUCGAGCGCAAACAUGCCCGCCUGCAUCGUGCCACAGAGGCAGAGCUUGAUGGAAGUUCCUCGGCCGCUGUUGCACAAGUUUGAGCGCGUCACCAGGACCAAGAGCAACGGCACCUCCUCUGGCCUGCACUGGGGUGCGCCGAUAUUCAGCGCGGACAACGUCUUCGAGGGGGACUUGACCAUUGUUCUCAGCUCAGGACUCAAGGUGCGCGUCCCAAACACCCAGUUCAUCACGCCGCACCUCGACAUGGAUCGCAACGGCACGCGCACCCUUGACGACGACCAACUCGACCUGGUCAUCACCGGCAUCGAAAACCAGCCCGCCACCCUCGGCCGCUACUUCCUCACGUCGGCCUACCUCAUGGUCAACCACGACGCCAAGGCCUUCACCCUCUGGCAGGCGAACCCGACGACGUCAUCCAGCCUGGUCCCCGUCCUCGACGAGAAAACAGCCAAGAAGUGCGGCAACGCCAACGGGAUCACACAGUCGUCCAUGUCACGGACGCCGUCUGAUGCCUCGAAGCCGUCGGGGGCCGUGAUAGGUGGCGCCGUGGCCGGAGGCGUCGUCGCCGCGCUUCUUGGGCUGGGAACAUUUUUUCUGAUCCGGCGCAGGCGGCAGAACGCGGGAGGCGAGCAGGCCAGCCCGGAUGGAGGCAGCGCCGUGUCAGAGCACAAGCUGGCGCAGUUUACACCGGGAGGCGCUGCGGACGCCGAGAGCUGGGCGCAGGAGAUGGACGGGUCGCCUGUGACGGCGACUGAGAUGUACAGCAGCAAUCACGAGGUGUAUGAGAUGGAUGCUGACGCAUAUGGGCACCGGGCGGUGCCUGAUGACAAGGAGUGGUGA